CGGAAGUUCCCGAGUCGCCGGUUUCCGCCGGAAAAGGUUCCGUCCGGUCCAGACGGGUCUGUCUCUCUUUCUGGCUUUUUUUUCGGUUUGGUAUCACUCAACUGAUCCGAUACAGAACCGGACCGGCACCGAAGAUACACGAUAAACUCCUGUCAGGUUUUGUCAGUAGGUGCUGCGUCUCCAUGCAGAUGCUCCGGGUGAAAUGAAUAAGGCACCUCAGCCUCAGCCUCACCCCUCCGGCCCCCCCCACCCCUCCGCCCCGCUCCCCGCGCCCUCACCGGGCCUGCCCCAGCCCAGUUAUCCUGGUACUUCGGUGUACAGCACCCCCCCGCCACAGAUGAACCCUGCAGCCCAACCCCGACAGUUUGCCUCAGGUCCUAGAGCUUUACCACAACAGGGAGGAUUCAGGUCACUGCAGCCGUACUACACCAGUCGGCCCACUUUACCCGCCACUUCUGGGCGUGUCCAGCCAAGCUCCGCCCCCCGGCCCAUCCCUCCCCCCCACGGGACACGCCCCGCACACGUGUUUCAGCCCGGCCCCUCCCAGAUGAUGAUGAUUCCCCAGCAGCAAAUCAGCUUCCCCAACUCGCAAGGCGCGGCUUACUAUAUACCUGGCCAGUACCGUCCCCAAUACGUGACCCCUCAGCAGUAUCAGGUGGCCGGUUCUCCUGGUUUCUACCCCGGCACGAGCCCGGCUGAUUACGCCGGGGCAUAUUACCCUGCUCAGCCCCAGUUUACACCCCCUGUUGCCCCAACGCCGGUGAUCAUGAGCCCCGCCCCCCCGCAGCAACAGGCCCCGCCCCCUCCGCCGCAGCAAGCCCCGCCCAGACGCGAGCGCAAGCCGAUCAGGAUCAGAGACCCUAAUCAGGGAGGACGUGACAUCACAGAAGAGAUCAUGUCAGGAGGUCGCAGUGGCUUGACACCGACGCCUCCACAGCCCAACGGUGACAACGCCACAUCUCCGGUCGUCGUGACAACCAGGGAGGAGUUUCCCCUCCCUCCAGGUGAAAGCCCGUUCCCCGACACCCCACAGACUCCGCCCCCUACCAGCCCAAUUAGCGACACGGUAGAUGCUCCGCCCCUAGCGCCUGCAGACGACGCCCAUGUGACGCCCACUGUGGUGGAUCCGCCCCCUUUUAAUAGUGCAGAAGCCACACCCACUAAGAGCAAAGAGGAGGGGCCUGUGACUGUACCGAUGCCUGUCCCCGCCCCCCAGGCGGAGCCUGUGCUUGAAUCUCCGAUAGUGCAACCGGAAGAGCUCCAGCUGUUCAACGGAGUCCCGGCAAGAGACAUCAGCCCUAUUGCUGAGCCGGACAUGACUAAAGAAGCACCAACAAUUACCAUGGAAAUUCCUGAUAGGACUGUUCCUCUUCAGGUUGUCAAGGAGACCCCCGUUGUGGGUGUUAAGGAAGUGCCAGCCCCUGUUGUUAAGGUGCCAGCUCCUGUUGUUAAGGUGCCAGCUCCUGUUGUUAAGGAGCCUACUCCUCCAUUUUUCAAGGAGCCUACUCCUCCAUUUUUCAAGGAGCAUAUUCCUCCAAUUGUCAAGGAGCAUAUUCCUCCGGUUGUCAAGGAGCAUAUUCCUCCAAUUGUCAAGGAGCAUAUUCCUCCGGUUGUCAAGGAGCAUAUUCCUCCGGUUGUCAAGGAGCAUAUUCCUCCGGUUGUCAAGGAGCAUAUUCCUCCGGCUGUCAAGGAGCAUAUCCCUCCGGUUGUCAAGGAGCAUAUUCCUCCGGUUGUCAAGGAGAUCCCUGUUCCCAUCAAGGAGACCGUCGCUCCUGUCGUCAAGGAGAUCGCCGCUCCUGUCGUCAAGGAGACAGCCGCUCCUGUUGUAAAGGAGACCCCUGCUCUUGUUGUCAAGGCAACCGUUCCUGUAGUUGCCAAGGAAGCUCCUACAGCGGUUGAUUCGGAAGCCCUUACACAGGAGACUGUUGUCAAGGAAAUGCCUGAUGUCAAGGAGAUACCUACUAAACAAGUCCUGGAAACUCCACUUGUCGUCAAGGAAACCCCUUCACUCGUUGCCAAGGAAACCCCCGAACCACUUUUGAGGGAAGCCACCGCCCCUUCAGAGGUUGUUGCGAGCGUUUCUAAAGCCACGCCCCCUCCGACAGAAGAGCGAGAGGACACGCCCUCUACACAGACCACGCCCCCUGAGAGUACUUUACAAGUGGUUUCUGUGCCAAAGAAGAAGAGAAAAAUGAAAGACCUGAACAAAAAGGAGGCGGGAGAUCUUCUUGAUGCCUUCAAAGAGCCCACUCCGCCUGAGCCAGAGGUCGCACCUGUGGUGGAGGCGGAGCCAGAGAACACGCCUCCAGUGGCUCCGCCCCCUCCCGAAGACCUGGACGAGACGUGGGAGGAGAAAGAAGAUAAACUUGAUGCUGAAAACAUCAAACCGCAGAGUCCAACACCGACCUCACCCACCGAACAGAAAUACCAGUAUAAAGCAGAACAAUGGAAACCUCUGAACAUGGAGGAGAAGAAGAAAUACGACCGAGAGUUUCUGCUCGGCUUCCAGUUCAUCAGCGCCAGCAUGAGCAAACCUGAGGGCUUACCACAGAUCUCUGACGUAGUGCUGGAUAAGGCGAAUAAGACUCCCCUGCGUCAGCUGGAUCCGAGUCGUUUGCCUGGAAUGAACUGCGGUCCGGAUUUCACUCCUUCGUUUGCCAAUCUGGGCCGUCCGUCAGCGGGUGGGCGUGGCCCGCCGUCGGGUCUGAGUGGCCCUCGGCGCUCGGGUCAGGGUCAGCGCGGGAAGGAGCCGCGUAAGAUCAUCGCUAGCGUGUCCCUGACGGAGGACGUGCAGCUCAAUAAAGCAGAGAAGGCCUGGAAGCCGUCGGUGAAGCGCAGCACACACACACACACACGAGUGGACGAGGACGACCCUGACUUCAUGAACACGCAGGAGCUGUUCAAGCGCGUGCGCAGUGUGUUGAACAAACUCACCCCGCAGAUGUUCCAGCCGCUCAUGAAGCAAGUGACCGAACUCACCAUCGACACGGAGGAGCGGCUGAAAGGAGUCAUCGACCUCAUCUUCGAGAAGGCCAUCUCAGAGCCCAACUUCUCUGUCGCCUACGCCAACAUGUGCCGUUGCCUUAUGGGGCUGAAAGUUCCCACCACAGAUAAACCUGGAGUGUCAGUGAAUUUCAGGAAACUGCUGCUGAAUCGCUGUCAGAAAGAGUUCGAGAAGGAUAAAGAUGAUGAUGAAACGUUUGAGAAGAAGCAGAAAGAGUUGGAUGCUGCCACAGGGGAUGAGGUGAAGCAAAGGUUGAAGGAGGCGCUUGAGGACGCCAAAGACAAAGCCCGGCGACGAUCGCUAGGCAACAUCAAGUUCAUUGGCGAGUUGUUCAAGUUGAAGAUGUUGACGGAAACCAUCAUGCACGACUGCAUCGUGAAGCUGCUGAAGAACCACGACGAGGAGAGCCUGGAGUGCCUGUGCCGGCUGCUGUCCACCAUCGGGAAGGACCUGGACUUCGAGAAGGCGAAGCCCCGAAUGGAUCAAUAUUUCCACCAGAUGGAGAAGAUUAUUAAGGAGCGGAAAACCUCUUCCAGAAUCCGCUUCAUGUUGCAGGACGUUAUUGAUUUACGACGGAAUAACUGGGUCCCGCGCAGAGGAGAUCUGGGCCCGAAGACCAUCGAGCAGAUCCACAAGGAGGCGGAGCUUGAGGAGCACCGAGAGCAGGCCAAAGUUCAGCAGCAGCUCAUGUCGAAGAAGGAGGGAAGAGGAGGAGGAGAAGGAAGAGGAGGAGGAGGAGGAGGAGGAGGAGGAGGAGGAGGAGGGGGGAUGGGGUCUCGCGGUGGGUCACACACACCUGGUUCCCGUGGCAACCAGGCACCUGAUGACGGCUGGAACACGGUGCCCAUCUCCACCAAGAACAGACCCAUCGACCCCACCCGACUCAGCAAGAUCACCAAGCCGGGCGCUCUGGACUUCAAUAAUCAGCUUCUGGCCCCCGGAGGUAAAGGCACGUGGGGUAGUUGGGGCAAAGGCAGCAGCGGAGGCACUGGAGCCAAGCCCAGCGAAGGCGCUCAGGACUCUGGUCGCCCCAGCACUUUGAAUCGCUUCUCUGCUCUUCAGCAGCCGUCCUCCUCUUCCUCAUCCGGCGGCGGGGACUCGGACAGGAGGGUUCCUCACAGGAAUAGUUCCAGUCGGGAACGCAGUGAUCGCUUCGACCGGCGUGAUGAGCGCAUGGACCGGGGCGGCGACCGCUAUGACCGGCGUGAUGACCGCGGAUCAGACCGGCUGGACCGGAAUCGCCCCGCCGUUGGCAAGCGGAGUUUCAGCCGCGAGAAAGAGAGGAGUCGAGAACGAGAACAGCGCCCCGCUGAAAUGGUGCGCCGCGUCUCCAGCAUGACGGACGAGCGCGAGAGAGAGCGCGGCAGCCGCGAGAAUGUAAAGAGAGAAACUGUUCCCACUCCUCCACCGGUUUCCUCCAAACCGGCCCUGACAGAGGAGGAACUGGAGAAGAAAUCGACCGCCAUCAUAGAGGAGUACCUGCACAUCAAUGACCUGACGGAGGCGCUGCAGUGUGUCAUUGAGCUGGACUGUGCGUCUCUGCUGUCUGUGUUCGUGCGGACAGGAAUCGAGUCGACGCUGGAGCGCAGCGCCCUCGCUAGAGAGCACUUGGGCUUACUGUUUCACCAGCUGGUCAAAACACAAACACUAUCUACACAACAAUACUACAAAGGGCUGUUGGAGGUGUUGGAGGUUGCGGAGGAUAUGGCGAUUGAUAUUCCUCAUAUCUGGCUAUAUCUGGCUGAAUUAAUCUGCCCUAUACUUCAUGAGGGAGGAAUACCCAUGGGGCCGCUCUUCAGGGAGGUGUCGAAACCACUGGUGCCUCUUGGGAAAGCUGGAGAUUUUCUGGUGGAAAUACUCAACCUGCUCUGUAAAGGAAUGAGUCAUAAGAAAGUGGGAGCGAUGUGGAGGGAUGCGGGACUCGGCUGGAAAGACCUCCUGCCUGAAGACGAGGACGUCAAUAAGUUUGUCACCGAAAAGGGAGUGGAGUUCACUCUAGGUGAGGAGUGUGACCAGAAGAGUAGUAAAUCAUCUCUGAGUCCAGAAGACAUCAUCAGAGAACUGGAGCGACUCCUGCAGGAGAAAGCAGACAACCAGAGGAUCUUUGACUGGCUGGAGGCCAAUCUGGACGAGCAGCAAACAGCAUCUAACAUGUUCGUCCGAGCGAUGAUGACCGCAGUCUGCCAGUCUGCCAUCAUCUGUGAGAAUCCAUAUAAAGUUAACGCUAAAGAAAUUACCCAGAGGGCCAAGCUGCUGCAGCGCUACAUUAAAGAUGAGCAGAAAGAGCUGCAGGCGCUGUACGCCUUACAGGGUCUGAUGGUACAAAUGGAGCAGCCGCCAAAUCUGCUGCGGAUGUUCUUCGACGUGUUGUAUGACGAGGACGUCAUAAAAGAGGAGGGAUUUUACAGGUGGGAGUCGAGCAAAGAUCCCGCCGAACAACAAGGAAAGGGCGUCGCCCUCAAAUCCGUCACCGCCUUCUUUACCUGGCUGCGUGAAGCCGAGGACGAAUCAGACAACAGCUAGGUCUUUGGCCACACCCACUACAGAGAUGGAUUGAUGGAAAAAAACACAAAAUAGAUUUGAGGAAGAAAAAAAAAAAAAAAACAUUUGGGAGAUUUUCAACAUUUUUUGUUUUGUUUUUUUGUCUUUUCGUUUGCGCAAGAAAAAUGCCGUUGAACUGAAACGAAAUAAAGCGAUAAAGAAAAGUAUUAGAGGAUGACAAGCCUUAUCUGCUCGCUGCAGUUUUAGCCGUUAGAAUUGCUACUUUCCCGUUUCUCGCUCCUGCUGCCAUGGAGACGGACGUUGAUGACAUCACUUCAUUGAAUCGUUUGUUUAUGAUGUCACUUCCUGGUGACAGAAAGCUGCUCAGAGUUCUAUUUUCCGUUUUGAAUCCCUUUAUAUUUGUGAUCUAGUUUCGCGUGGACCGGCUGAUCGUGUGCGUGUUGCCGUAACGGAGGAGGAUUGGGUUUUUUCCCUCAAUUUGGGAUUUUGUUUAGUUCUAGUGGAGUGAUUUGAGCUCUUUUUCUAUGUUUUUUAUGACAGAAAAUCUAAUUAAAAAUGCAAAUGGCAUCACCUGUUUCAGAGCUGCGGUUUUCAGUUGUUUCUUUGCAGCUCUGGGCGAUGAAACAUUAAACUUUGACCUUCUUGCUGCUGCUGCUGUUGGCCAUCGAGACGCUUCUGCCGGCCUGACCUGACGUACGGUUCCCUUACACACUUAAUGGAGAAAUCAUUCAAACUUAAAAACAAAAAAAAUGAUAAUAAUAAUUUGAGGAAGGCAGAGACUUGAGGGUGACGAGGAGCUCGUGUGGAUGUGCUCUUCUUCGCACCUGUAGUGGACUUUACAAAAUAAAUCACUAUUACGACUUGAAAAUAUAUAUAGAAAUAAACUCUUUAAAGUGUUUAAGAGGAGAAAACUAAAAAAAAAAAAAAAGAGAGAGAGAAUGAGUACGAAAACUACAUGCCUUUCAGCUCCUUGGAGUGGAGAUGCAUUUCAGGAGCGCCUUGUAAAUACAUGUUUUCUUUUUGGUUUUGAUGGUUUUUUGUUUGUUUUUCAAUAAUAAAAAUGCUAACUUUAAUGCCAUGUAUUAAUUUUUGGCUUUUGUUUUCAUGUAUUUAAUUUUUUUUCUUCUUUGCGGUUUAACCACCCGGCUUGUACAAUUAUCCUCCUCUAGUUAUUGAUUUAUAGUUUAAUGAAAUUAUGUAAAUAUUUCUUUUUCUUUUUUUGCUUUUUUUUUGCUUUAAGUAUUUAAUUGAGAGAAAUUAAUGCCUCUUUUCACAUUUGAAACUGGAAAAGAUAAUAAAGAACAUUGCAAUGGAAAAAAA